GGGGGUGGGGCUGAGGGGGCGGGCCUGGACGUGGGGAGUGAAAGCGAAAGCCCAGGCGGCGAACAGGGAGACCGGAGACCUAGCAGCAACUGGAGCAACAUGGCCAAGCCUUGUGGGGUGCGCCUGAGCGGGGAAGCCCGCAAACAGGUGGAUGUCUUCAGGCAAAAUCUUUUCCAGGAGGCUGAGGAAUUCCUCUACAGAUUCUUACCUCAGAAAAUCAUAUACCUGAAUCAGCUCUUGCAAGAGGACUCCCUCAACGUGACUGACAUGACUUCUCUCCGGGCCUCGCUGGACAUCCCCAUCCCAGACCCUCCACCCAAGGAUGAUGAGAUGGAAACGGAUAAGCAAGAGAAGAAAGAAGUCCCUAAGUGCGGCUUUCUCCCUGGGAAUGAGAAGGUCCUGGCCUUGCUUGCCCUGGUUAAGCCAGAAGUCUGGACUCUCAAAGAAAAAUGCAUUCUGGUGAUCACAUGGAUCCAGCACCUCAUCCCCAAAAUUGAGGAUGGAAAUGACUUUGGGGUGGCAAUCCAGGAAAAGGUGCUGGAGAGGGUAAAUGCAGUCAAGACCAAAGUGGAAGCCUUCCAGACAACCAUUUCCAAGUACUUCUCAGAACGUGGGGAUGCUGUGGCCAAGGCCUCUAAGGAGACCCAUGUAAUGGAUUACCGGGCCCUGGUGCACGAGCGAGACGAGGCAGCCUAUGGAGAGCUCAGGGCCAUGGUGCUGGACCUCAGGGCCUUCUAUGCUGAGCUUUACCAUAUUAUAAGCAGCAACCUGGAGAAAAUUGUCAACCCAAAGGGUGAAGAGAAGCCAUCUAUGUACUGAGCCCAGGGUUAGAAGGGAAAUAAAUGACCUAUACUUUGUGUGGAUAACCUCUGGUGUGUGUCAUUCAUUCAAAGACAUUUACUGAGUGUCGCCUAUAUCCAGACACUAAAUGCGAAUGAAUGUGGUGAUGAGAAAGGGAGGGGUGCCAGGAAGACGAAGAUGAAUUAAAGGUGCAUCCUGUUCUUAGGAAGUCAUCCUAAAGAACAGGGUGGGAACUGUUACAUGCCAUGACAGCCAUGAAAAUAACCUGUAUUGGGGAAUUUCACAAGAUUAUUUCCAUCUGGAGGUGUCAUGAGUGCUUCCUGGAAGAGAUGGCAUCUGGGCAGAGCCCUUAUAGGAAUAAUCAGGCUUUGGAGAGACUGGGGGAAAGCUCUGAGGCUGAGGUCAGGGAAUGAAGAAAGGCACAACCCUUUCUUCAGCUCAGAGCACACCUGGAGGGAGAAUGAGAUUUCACUGGGAAAAUUAUGGGUAAAUGGUUGGACUCCUUCUCAAGGGCUGGGAGGGGCAAAAACGCUUCCAAGGCAUUAAGGCGAAGGAAAUUAUACUACAGGACAUUAUGGGAAGGAUGGUUCAAUAAAAUUCUUUUUGACCUUUACCCUCCUCCUUCAGCCAAUGCCGUCUUUGUUUCUGCAGUCAUUACAUUGAGGAAAGGAAGGGCCAGAUAACCUGCAGUUGCAAAAGUGACACGGCUUAUUAGUAAGUGACAAAGCCGCUCUAGAGUACCAAUCCACUCAUUCCAUCGUUGGAGCCAAGCUGUCCGCUACGUACCGACAUUCGAAGCUCCGCGUUUCGGGGAGACACCAGAUGAGGGGCGCGGGCACGACCCAGGUGGCACAGCGGGGCCUGUAGGGGCGGGAGGCAGAGGUAACAGACGCAGCCAUCUUGCAAUCAAGAGCCGAAGUGGGGUAGCCUAGCCAAUCAGCGUGCGGGUAGCUCUCUACAGUCAAAGGCGGGACAAUGUUGGAUGCUGAUUUGGCAAAACGAGACUCUCUAAGCCUAUCAAAGAGCACCACGUGGGCGGGACUCCAGAAGCCGGUCCGACUUGGAGCUCUGGUUAUGUGUCCCCAAGGCAGGCGCAGCUCUGCUGCCGCCGCUUGGGGGCGGGGGAGGCGGAGCUCUGUGCUGCAACAUGCAAUCCCGGCCGCCUGCAUUCCGGGCCGGGUGGGGGCCGGGGGCCGGGCGCCGGGCUGAGGUCUGCCGGAGCCGGCGGGCUGCCUUCGAGUCAAGUCAGCGUCACCGUCGAACCUAACCACCUGGCCCUGUCUGUCAUGCUGGAGGUCGCCCUCAACCAGGUGCCGCCGCUGGACGCCCACCGACCACCGCGAAACCCCCCAACACCCCUAGCCCAAGGCCAACCCUGGCCUCUUGGCAGUAGUGCGCACCCAUAGGGCGGGCGGCACGAUUUAGUUACUGACGGCGCUUUCCCAUGGCAGGUGGAUGUGUGGGGCGCGCAGGCCGGGCUGGUAGUGGCAGGGUACUACCAUGCCAAUGCAGCUUUGGACGACCAGAGAGUGAUGUGGAGGGACUGGGAACAGUCACGGCAGAUGGUGGGAGCACUACUAGCAGGCCGGGCCCACCAGCACCUUGUGGACUUUGACUGCCACCUUGACGACAUCCGGGAGGAUUGGACCAACCAGCAGCUCAACGCCCAAAUCACCCAGUGGGUUGGUCCCACAAAUGGAAAUACCUGAGCCAGGGCCAGAGGGGAGGCUCAGGAUCCAAUAAAGAGACUUGGGCUGUU